UUGAACAAAUUACAUUGAAUGAUUUGGAAAUUUUGAAUGCCGGGUCGGUCUAAAUGUGAAUUACAGGAAGAAUUUGGAGUUCUGAUUCAAUUUAGAACGUUGGAAGGGCAAGCUCUUGCCGUUGAUUUGUGGUUGGGUCGUAGGUGGGCAGGCCCUUGACUCGGUCAUUUGGACAACGACAAACUAUUUAGGAUCGUGGGUUUUCGUCUGAUGUUUCGGAGUUCCGAGUCAGCUCGAAAGAUGUCAAAACGCUUGUUCAAAGGCCUUCUUCAAGAUCCAUCUCCAUCUUCUCCUUCGACGUCCGUACAAGCACAUAGGAAAGAAGCUAGCAACUCGAGCAUGGAAUCCAUCAACGUCUUGAAGGGCUAUGGCAAGCUGAGCAGCCCCGAAGCUCAAUCCCCACGUCACAGAGCCAGCAAGAGACCUCUGAUACUCGCCGUCGCCGUCUCGUCGAUCGUUCUGCUGACCAUAGGCCUCGGCCUCCUCGUCGGAGCUCUGAUCCGUGAGUCGAGCACCGAGGAAUCGGAGUCGCGGUCGCUCAGAUCCAGCUCGGCCCAGUCGAUCCGAGCAGUCUGCAGCGUGACAGAGCAUCAAGACUCGUGCUUCACGAGCAUAUCCUCCCUCAACAGCUCCGUCAAGCCCGACCCAGAAGCCAUCUUCGAGCUCUCCCUGCGGGUGUGCGUCAACGAGGUGUCGGAUGCUUCUCUGUUCGUGCGGAACCUGGCCAAGAGCUCGAACGACGCGCGCUCGAAGGGCGCUCAAGGGGACUGCGGCGGCCAGCUAGACGACGCGGCGAGCCGGCUCGGCGACUCGGUGGCGGCCAUGGACGCGGGGCCAGGGGAGAAGGCGCUGACGGAGUUGAAGAUCAGCAACAUACAGACGUGGGUGAGCGCGGCCAUGACGGAUCAAGAAACGUGCUUGGACGGGUUGGAGGAGAUGGGGUCAACGGUUCUUGAUGAGGUCAGGGAUCGGUUGAGCAGGUCGAGGGAGUUCAUGAGCAACAGCUUGGCGAUUUGUGCUCAGAUGAGUGCCAUCCUAGACAAGUUCGAGAUGGGUAUGCAUUAAUCUUUCGUUGGUCGCAAAAUCGAGUUCGAGAGGAUACAUUGAUACAGUAAUCACAGAUUGAUGUUGUGGAGACUGGUGUGCUGGUGCCAGUAUUAGAAACUCAGUGUGUGUUGAUUUGAUCUGCAAUUGUUAUGCGCGUUGUGAAUUGUGGGAGAUUUCCAUCUGUAUGAGCACGAUCACUUCUCAAUGGCAAUGAUUUAUUUAUUUGUAA